GUAGAAAAUAAAUUUAAUUCGCUUCAUACUCGCUCACACUCAUGAUUUUUACACGAAAAACAUAUUAAAUCACAACAGCUAGGAGCGACUAGAAGACCUCCACAUGCUAAGUUCAAGAAGUGGCACUUCUGGAGAUGAUGGCUCUAUAACUGCACAAGCAGAAAAAAGAGUCGAUGAUAACAUCAAAGCGCCACCUAUUGGCUGGAGUGUCGGGCUUAAAGAUGUCCAGGUUACAAGUGCCCAUCGAACUCACAGGCACAUAACCAAGUGCCAUUUGCUUGAAGAAUACACCAAGCUGCCAAAAACUGCAAAUGUACAACCUGAAUGUACCAGCCUGAAGCGAACCCGCUCCGAGGAGUUUGCUUCCAAGCAAGAAGAUGAAUUCGUGGAGCAUAGAUCAUCGAGUCUUUCUCAGCUAUCCGACGUUACCAUCAAGCCCACCUGCGAGGUGAGUAGUCAGACCUCGUGGACUGCAGCGGAUCAGAGUAACACGGAUGCCAAGCAGUUGGAGGCGAAGUUGGCGGCUGUGUGCGGAGGUAUCGAGCCUGAAACGGACAAGCCCAGCAAGAUCCUGCAGCACACGAUCCACAUCGAGGUGGAGUCGGUGACAUCGCUCACGGCUAUGCAGAGGCCUCCACUGCACCAAAGGAUGUGGCAGGUCCUUGUGCAGGCGGGGGAUGCGAUUGUCGCAUGUGCCUACAUGAUCGGCGAGAAUCUGACACUUGCGCUUUUCAUUAUCCUGUGCCUAUGGUGCCUUUACCUGUUAUUAAGCCACUUUUACGGCAACUUGCAGACCAAUGUCAACCAGCAGAACGAGUUGAAGCGCAACCUUUUGCGCGGCAUACCGCCCAAAUACGGCACAGUGUAAUAAGGAAGAUUCGUU